AUGACGAGGGCUAGGGCGAGGGAGUUUCGUACGUCCCCCCACAAAACUCCCGUCAUCUUAAUCACCUUCGUCUCCACCACCUUGGACUCCGCCAUCUUCGCCUCCACCACCUUCGCCUCCACCGUAAUCGCCUCCAUCACCUUCGUCUCCACCAUCUUCGCCACCACCACCUUCAACUCCACCACCUUCGCCUUUACCACCUUCGUCUCCGCCAUCUUCGCCUUCACCACCUUCGCCUCCGCCGUAUUCGCCUACACCACCUUCGCCUCCGCCAUUUUCGCCUCCACCACCUUCGCCUCCAUCACCUUCGCCUCCAACACCUUCGCCUCCACCGUAUUCGCCUCCACCACCUUCGCCUCCACCACCUUCGUCUCUGCCAUCUUCGCCUCCACCACCUUCGUCUCCGCCAUCUUCUUCUCCACCACCUUCGCCUCCACCACCUUCGCCUCCGCCGUAUUCGCCUACACCACCUUCGCCUCCACCACCUUCGUCUGUGCCAUCUUCGCCUCCACCACCUUCGUCUCCGCCAUCUUCUUCUCCACCACCUUCGCCUUCACCACCUUCGCCUCCGCCGUAUUCGCCUACACCACCUUCGCCUCCGCCAUUUUCGCCUCCACCACCUUCGCCUCCAUCACCUUCGCCUCCAACACCUUCGCCUCCACCGUAUUCGCCUCCACCACCUUCGCCUCCACCACCUUCGUCUCCGCCAUCUUCUUUUCCACCAUCUUCGACUCCACCACCUUCGCCUCCGCCAUUUUCGCCUCCACCACCUUCAUCUCCGCCAUCUUCGCCUCCGCCACCUUCGCCUCCACCACCUUUGUCUCCGCCAUCUUCACCUCCACCAACGUCGCCUCCCCCACCUUCGUCUCCACCAUCUUCUCCUCCACCACCUACAUCUCCACCACCUACGUCUCCGCCAUCUUUGACUCCACCACCUUUGUCUCAGCCAUCUUCGCCUCCACCACGUUUGUCUCCGCCAUCUUCGCCUCCACCACCUUCGCCUACGCCAUCUUCGCCUCCACCACCUUCGCCUCUUCCGUAUUCGACUCCACCACCUUCGUCACCGCCAUAUUCGCCUCCACCACCUUCGCCUUCACCACCUUUGUCUCUGCCAUCUUCGCCUCCACCACCUUCGCCUACACCACCUACACCUCCGUCCUUGACAUGGUAACCCUUGACAUCGUAACCUUUGACCGCGUCUUCGAAGCAUUGAUCGACUCGAAAUGA